GAGGGACAGGACAAGAUCGUGGAUGUUCCCUGAGCAAACAACUGGAAGCACAGGUUGUGUGCAAACUGGUCAAACAGUUGACCUGUGUGUGAGUGUCGAUUGAAGGUAGACAGCCAAACGAGGACUUUGUGUGUAUGACAGAUGGACAUGACAACAGAGAGAAAGAUGGACAACCUGAUGAGCCACAGGAGACGAACAAUGUGAUUUUUCAUCCGGCCAUUAGUGUCUGUCAGCAGCUGUUUUACAUUUAACAGGUUUGCUUAAGUCCAGUUGUUCUCCGAAUUCUCAGGAGAGUGGUUCGCCGCGUUCCCUGGUCUGGGGAUACUGAAAGGGAUGGACAGCAGUGACCCACAGGAUGACGAAAGAGGAGACAGAAGGAAAGAGAGUGACGGAGAGAAAGAUAAACAGCUGAAGAACCAGCUCAACAGUGAAGAAAAAGGAGAGAAGGAGAUCAAAGGAAAUGAGAAGGAGAAGAAGAAAGAGAGCCGGCGUUCUGGGUCUCUGUGGAGGAGCGGAUGGGCAUUGAGUGAAAGACUCGCCAUCAAUGUCUCAGGGAUGCGUUAUGAAACUCAGCUUCGCACCUUAGCCCAGUUCCCUGACUCCUUGCUUGGUGACCCCAGGCGGAGGUCACGGUACUUUGACCCGCUUCGAAAUGAGCUCUUCCUGGACCGCAAUCGGGCCUGCUUUGAUGCCAUUCUGUAUUUUUACCAGUCAGGUGGGAGGCUUCGGAGGCCAGCAAACAUACCCCUGGACAUCUUCAUGGAUGAGCUGAUGUUCUACGAGCUGGGAGAGGACAUCAUGAACCGCUUCAAGGAGGACGAAGGUUUUCCAAAAGAGGAGGAGAGGCCGCUGCCGUCCAACGAAAUCCAGAGAAGACUGUGGAUGCUCUUUGAGCACCCUGAGUCCUCAUCGGGGGCACGUAUUAUAGCUAUCAUCAGUGUCAUGGUCAUUGUGGUGUCCAUCCUCAUCUUCUGCCUGGAGACACUGCCUGACUUCAGGAUUGAGAAAGAAACACGAGAGGAGAAUUUUUACAAGUACCACUCCCAGGCAAAGAAUAUAUCUGAGAACAUGCCUCCUCCACACAGUGUUUUUCAUGACCCCUUCUUCUUGGUGGAGACCAUGUGUAUAUGCUGGUUCUCCUUCGAGCUCCUCAUGCGCUUUGCUUGCGCUCCCAGCAAGACGCACUUCUUCAAGGAUGUCAUGAACAUCAUCGAUUUCAGUGCCAUCCUGCCCUAUUUUGUCACUCUGGGAACAGAGCUGGCCAAGGACAAUGACGCCAGUCCGGCAACUUCCUUGGCCAUCAUCAGGGUCAUCAGGUUGGUGAGGGUGUUCAGGAUCUUCAAAUUGUCUCGCCACUCUAAGGGCCUCCAGAUCCUUGGUCAGACACUGAGGGCCAGCAUGCGUGAGCUGGGCCUACUUAUCUUCUUCCUCUUUAUUGGCGUCAUCCUCUUCUCCAGCGCCAUCUACUUUGCUGAGGCUGACCACACCAACACGGCUUUCAUCAGUAUACCACACGCCUUCUGGUGGGCAGUUGUCACCAUGACCACAGUGGGCUAUGGCGACAUGUAUCCACAAACAGUGUGGGGUAAGCUGGUGGGCUCAAUGUGCGCCAUUGCUGGCGUGCUUACCAUCUCACUGCCAGUGCCUGUCAUAGUAUCCAAUUUCAGCUACUUCUACCAUCGGGAGACUGAAUGUGAGGAUGAAACCGUGUACAACCAUGUCCAGACAACACUGUGGGAGGACGAGGAGCCGGAAGGGGAGGAAACAGAUGAAGGGGAUAGGGAUCCAGAGGGAGAUUAUUAUGCCAUCGAAGGCAUCUGUAACCCCCUGAAUGGGACUCUGCUGAGUGGACUGUGCACAGGGCAGGACGCAGAGUUCAGAGGGGGAAAUACGUAUCUGAGGGAACCACUGGUCACCCAAGUUUAGAGAAGGUGAGUGUGUUUUGAGCACUUGUUGAGACAUAAUUGGAAGAGACUUAAAAGGAAAAAGGGAAUAAAAAAGCAAAAGCCCAAGUGAGUAAAGAUAAGCUCAUAGAUCAGCAGUACAGGUCCUGAAGAGAGAAACUCACAAAAAGAAAAUGACAAACAGAAGCUGACGAAUUAUGUUAAACUAUAACUUAUAUAACACUAAUAUACCUACUAAUAACCUUUAUUGCCUUUUCUUGUUCAUUUAUAGUUAUUUAAUGUGGCACCAACCAGCUAAAUGUCACUGAAAAGCAACUUUUGUAUAAUAUACUGUAGCUUCAGAAAAGCAAGAGUGAGUAAGUUUUACAUUCUCAGGGUCAUGAUAUAAAUAUAAUAUGAGCUGUUUUAUUUAUUAAUGCUAUCAGCUUGUGUUUGAGAUGAAAAUAAAUUUCUAAAUGUCCGUGCCUUGAAACUGUGAUGUCUUAGUACUGUCACUUUGUGCCUUAAUGUUUGGAGUGGAAGCAGAUAGAUUAUUGGUGAUAUAGAUGUCAUGUCUCAUCAAAACUCAACACCUGCAGAGCUGUCACUGCAGACAGACUGAGAUCUCUCGUAAACCAACCCCACAUUCUCAACAUUCUUCUGUAAGUUAUGUACAAAGUUCACAGUUGUGUAGUUUUGGCUUAAGUGACCUGAAGCGACUGACGUGACCUUUAUGAUGCUGUAAUACAACACUUGUAACACUUGCUUAAUGAUGCAGUGUUAUCUACGGUAUUUAUGUUAAAAAGGACAUUUUUGAUUGCUAUGGCAGAAAUUCUAUAUUUAUCUGCUUAAUUAUGCACUCAGUGUUUUUAAUAAAGAUUAUAUUUUAUUAAUUUUCUUUUUAAAAAAGCGUUAUUUAUUUAUGGCCUGUGGUAUGGAGUAAUUAUUUAAUAAUUAA